AUGGUGAUAUUGACCAUCAUUCUGCUUGUCAGCACAGCUUCUGCUCUGGGAGAUGCAAUGAUACGACCCAAGACCCCUUGUGAGGAUGCUAGAGAUGCCGCUUUAAAUGGCUCAAUUGGAGCCUACGUCCCCACAUGUGACGGCAAUGGACAAUACACCCCCGAGCAAUGUUGGGGCUCUACAGGUUACUGUUGGUGUGUGAACAGUUCUGGACAGAAGAUCCCGGGUACUGAGACUCCACCAGGCACUGAUAGAAUCAACUGUACCACCCAGAAUGGUAUGAUACGACCCAAGACCCCCUGUGAGAUUGCUAGAGAUACUGCGAUGAAAAUAGUCAUGCCUGGAGUCUACGUCCCCACGUGUGACAACGAUGGACAAUACACCCAUGAACAAUGUUCAGGCUCUACAGGUUACUGUUGGUGUGUGAACACUUCUGGACAGAAGAUCCCGGGUACUGAGACUCCUCCAGGCACUCCUAGAAUCAACUGUACCACCCAGAUAUCAUGA